AUGAGCGAGAUCCGCCUUUUCACUGUUUUGCUCCUUGUGAAGUCAGCUCUCGCUGGCCCAAUCGGCAGUGUAGACUACGAAUCAAGUUCUGGUGUUUCGCGUGCUUCUUCAGCUCCCGCAUACAGCUCCGGUCGUCUUGGAACCGGCAAGUAUUCAGCCAAUUACGCCACUGCACCUAGUGGGCCUGCUUCUUCAGCUGCCGCAAAAGUCACAGCUCUCUAUGGUUCAUCCCAAGCUGCCGAAAAUGGCACCUCAACAUACAACAGUGCUUCAGCUGGCCCCAGGGCUGCAAGCGCCCACGGCGGGCAUCCAAUUAUCGGCACAUUCGCUACGCCAGUUAAUGGCUACGCCCCUGAUCAAGGCUUGCCAGACUUCUUUGGGGGCUACCCUGCCUCACCUUAUGGUGUAGUCCCUCCAGCGCCUUUUCCAGGCUAUGCCGCUACCCCGGCUGGGACGAGGUUUGAUGGUGGCUACGCCGGUGCCCCAGCCGUAGCGAGCUACGACAACGGUGCGUCUGUACCAAGGUAUGACACCAGCCAUGCCAACACACCAGCUGGGGUGAACUUUGAUACCAGCUACGCCCAUUCCCCAGCUGUAGCGCAAUUUGACACGCGUACCAGCUACGCCACUUCUCCAGCGGCUGCGGCGGCUGCGGCUGCUGCGGCGGCAGCCCGCACCCAUACUUCUGGUCUCACGGGAUCCUCACCAGUGAGCAAGUUUACUCCAAGCCCCACCACUGCUCUUGGACUUGCAAGUGCUUCGCAUACUCCACCCACCUCUACUGAAGCUCCUAGCAACGUUAUCGGCGCUCGGCUUGCCGGUACUGGCCCACAUGGGAAACCUUUGGUUGAGCCAGUCUAUGCUUCCCCCUUUGCUGCUCCAGGUGUCUCCAAUGGGCAACCUGUCCCAGUUUUAAUUUAUCCUGGCUUGUCUCAAGGCCCUCCAGUCUUUGCCCCCGCCUACUACGGCUACGGCAUUCCCGAUCUUGGUUAUGGUGUUGGUAGCUACGAGUAUGGCCGUGGUCUAAUCGGCUACGGACUCAACUACGGCUACGGUCUGGGCACUCCACUCGAAUACAACGCUCUGGUGCGCAAGAAGAAGUAAAUCUCGAUCAUUCACCUGACAACGAAGAACCAUUCAAAUCAUCAAGCCCUUAUUUAUUUCUCACUGCUGACAACGCCACUGGUUCGACGACGUAGGUCUACCUCUGAUGAAAUAAAUGCACUUCAAUACCUCCCAA